GUUAAGUGUCACAUACACAGUUGGCCUAGAUAUAAAGUAAGCAUCCAUUCAGAAAGGUUAAGGUCAAGAUUGUCAAUCAAUUUGAAACUGUAAUGCCCGCGGGUUAUGCAAUUGAAAAGAUGGAAUUGUGUUGAAAUAGAAAAUUAUUAAUAAUAUCAAUGAAUUUCAAAGAUGCAGAAAAAUAUAGAAAUUGGCUAAGUAAUAUAUCAUCUACCUUGUUAAAGCUAUACCAUGGUUAUCCCACAAACACUAAAGUCAAAGACAUUUGGAAGCAGAAACCUGAGCACUGGCCAGAGGAUGUCUCGUUUUUCGACCCGCACAAUACAAAAAAUAGAGGGAAAAAAGAUAUACAAAGAUUACUGACAAGUAUGCUUGCAUGCGUUGAGAUUAAAGGGAUACAAAUUGAUUUCAACAUUAAUGAAGAAAUCGAAGCAUGGAAAAGUCACGACAAGAAAAGCCUCAUAAAUCUGUUUACGAUUAGGCAAUAUGUAAAACAAGUAGGAUCAGAAUUGAACAUGUUAGGUAAUUAUUCCACAGAAAAAGCCAUAACAGUUUGCACCAAAAGGUUUCAACUUGUAUUUACCCUACAAAAUCUAAAGGACGUAAAUACUACAAAAAUAAUCCAUCGAUCAGAAGCUAUGCGUAAAGUCGCCUGUCUGUUAUGCAAACUUUAUCAUGGAAAACGUCCUCAGGAGAAAGCUGAUUCCAUCUGGAAAACUCCACCAACUGACUGGCCGGAUGAACUAUUAUAUGUAAAUCCUUACAAUAGGCAUUAUAAAUGUGAUAAAUGGGACAAUGAAAGGCUUGCAAAAACUCUACUACAUUGCUGUGUAAGUAAAGCUAUAAAUAUACCAACACCAUACGAGAAAAUAACGAAUGCUUUAUGUCAAAAUGACGACGAAAGACUUAUUGCAAAUGUUGUUUUGUGUACCUCUGAAGAAAAACUUAAAAAAAUAUUUGAACAAUUAGAUAAUGACAACUUGAUGGAAGAAACAUGUAAAAUUGUUCAACUGCAGUGUUCUGAUAUUAUAGUGUCUUUGAAGAUUGAACCUAAUUACUUCUCGUCAUGUGAAUCAUUAAUGAAUGAAAUAGAGAAACAAAAACAUACAGUCAAGAAAUUUACCAAACGAAAACCCUACAAGCAUUUAAAUAAAGAAAGAAAAAGGUUGAAAUCAGAAAACAGUACAGAUAAAUGUAAUGAAGAGAGUGACAUUGAUGCACAAGUAAAUCAGAAUGACAUUUUAGCAUCAUCCUAUCUUAUUUCGACAUCUGCGGAAAACUGUUUUCCCUAUUGUACAGAAAAUGCUUCAUCUAUAAACUGUGUUUCGGAUCCAGAAACAGAAACUGCUAUGUUAAUGAUGAAUCUUUUAGAUUCAGUUGAUUUGUCAAAACAAUUUGGACUCGAUGAACACUUUCCCCGAUCAUUAGAUAAUCAUUUAUCUAGUUGAUUGAAACAACAUUCAUCUGCAAAAAUGUCUUUCUAGUACAUCAAUAGUUUCCUAGUCAUAACCGUUUGUUGUUUUGGAUAUUGUUUUAUUAUUUUUUGAGCUUUAUUUCACACUGUAUAAUUAACCGCAAAUAAGAUGUGUGUAAUACCAUUGUUCUUCCAAUUGUAUAUAAACGACUUUUAGCAAAUAGA